CUGUGCUGAAUGCUUAUGCUGGGGGACUAUGUUAGGGCAACAACAGCAACACUUGCACUACUCCCCGGGGAGCUCGGCGGCGGAGGACGGCCAGCUGGUGAGCUAUGUGGAGGAGUACUUGGAGUGCGUGGAGUCGUUGCCGUUGGAAAUCCAGAGGAGCGUCACUUUGCUACGGGAGAUCGAUAGCCAGUACCGGGAAGCUCUAAAAGAAGUUGAUGAUGUUUUUGAAAAACAUUCAAAUGAAACUGAUGCUAAUCAGAAAAAGCGACUCUUGCAGCAGCUUCAGAGAGCCCUCAUUGUGACCCAGGAGCUUGGCGAUGAUAAAAUACAGCUAGUUACCCAAGUGUUUGAGUUGAUAGAGAACAGGACGAAGCAAAUGGAAUCUCUCUGCCAAGGCUUCUUUGAUCAAGAAGAGAGUGAAAAGUCUGUGGAAAAAUCUAAAGUUGAAUCAAAUGCAUCUGAAAGGUCUACACGUAGACCUCGCAGGCAGCGCAACAGCGAGAGCCGGGAGUUAUGUCACAUGGUCAAUGGGAUGGAUGACAUCGAAGAGCAGCCACCAAAAGAAAAGAAAUCAAAGUCGUCCAAAAAGAAAAAACGUUCCAAAGCCAAGCAAGAAAGAGAGGCAUCCCCUAUACCUUUUGCAAUUGACCCCAACGAGCCCACGUACUGUCUGUGCAAUCAGGUGUCUUAUGGUGAGAUGAUAGGAUGUGAUAAUGACGAGUGCACCAUAGAGUGGUUCCAUUUCUCUUGUGUUGGACUUACCUACAAACCAAAGGGCAAAUGGUAUUGUCCUGACUGCAGAGGAGACAAUGAAAAGACUAUGAACAAAAACACAGAUAAAACAAAAAAGGACAGACGGUCGAGGUAGUUUAGGUUCGCCCUGUGUAUUUGUUUUUCUUCCUUUUUGUUUUCUUAUAAAGAAAAUGUUUUAGAUACAAUGUCAUAUUUUAAUAGUAUUGCAAUAUUAAAACCUUUCCGUUUGUGAC